CAGGCCGGGGAGCGGUGGGCAGCCGGGAGCCCCCAGGUGGCAGGUGGGGCCGGGAUCGCCGGCGCCGCCUCCUCCGCCUACCCGAGCGCUAGUACCCCGCACACUUGAAGAUUCGCGCGCGGCUCGGGCGCGCUGCGCCGCCGGGAGCCGGACUGCGAAGACUUGGCCAUGAAGAGCCUCAAGUCCCGCCUGAGGAGGCAGGACGCGUCCGGCCCCGCGUCGUCCGGCGCCGCCGCCACCGCCAGCGCGCAUGCAGCAGAUUGGAACAAAUAUGAUGACCGAUUGAUGAAAGCCGCAGAGAGGGGAGAUGUAGAAAAAGUUUCCUCAAUCCUUGCUAAAAAGGGCAUCAAUCCAGGCAAACUUGAUGUGGAAGGCAGAUCUGCCUUCCAUGUUGUGGCCUCCAAGGGGAACCUUGAAUGUUUGAAUGCCAUCCUUGUACAUGGCGUUGAUAUUACAACCAGCGACACUGCAGGAAGAAAUGUUCUUCACCUGGCUGCGAAGUAUGGGCAUGCCUUGUGUCUACAGAAACUUCUACAGUACAAUUGUUCCACUGAACACGUAGAUCUUCAGGGAAGAACCGCACUUCAUGACGCAGCCAUGGCAGACUGUCCUUCCAGCAUACAGCUGCUUUGUGACCAUGGGGCCUCCGUGAAUGCCAAAGAUGUGGAUGGGCGGACACCACUGGUUCUGGCUACUCAGAUGUGUAGGCCAACAAUAUGUCAACUGCUAAUAGAUAGGGGGGCGGAGAUUAAUUCCAGAGACAAACAAAACAGAACUGCUCUCAUGCUAGGUUGCGAGUAUGGUUGUAAAGAUGCUGUAGAAGUCUUACUUAAAAAUGGUGCUGACGUAAGCCUGCUGGAUGCCCUGGGCCAUGAUAGUUCUUACUAUGCAAGAAUUGGGGACAACCUGGACAUUCUAACUUUAUUGAAGACUGCGUCGGAAAAUACCAACAUAGGGAGAGAACUUUGGAAGAAAGGACCACCUUUACAGCAGCGAAAUUUGCCAUACAUGCUAGAUGAAGUAAAUAUGAAGUCAAGUCAGAGGGAGCAUCGAAACAUUCAGGAUCUGGAGAUUGAAAAUGAAGAUUUGAAAGAGAGGUUGAGAAAAAUUCAGCAAGAACAGAGAAUAUUACUGGAUAAAGUCAACGGUUUACAACUACAGCUGAAUGAGGAAGUAAUGGUUGCUGAUGAUCUGGAAAGUGAGAAAGAAAAGCUGAAAUCCCUUUUGGUGGCUAAAGAAAAGCAACAUGAAGAAAGCCUAAGAACUAUUGAGACUCUGAAAAAUAGAUUUAAAUAUUUUGAGAGCGAUCAUUUAGGAUCAGGAAGUCAUUUCAGUAACCGAAAAGAAGAUAUGCUUCUCAAACAGGGUCAAAUGUACAUGGCAGAUUCACAGUGUACUUCCCCAGGGGUACCAGCCCACAUGCAGAGCAGGUCUAUGUUAAGACCACUGGAACUCUCAUUAACCAAUCAGACCUCAUAUUCUGAAAAUGACAUUUUAAAGAAAGAGUUAGAAGCAAUGAGAACUUUCUGUGAAUCGGCAAAACAAGACCGCCUCAAGCUCCAGAAUGAGCUGGCACACAAGGUGGCCGAGUGCAAAGCUUUAGCGCUAGAAUGUGAACGGAUCAAGGAGGAUUCCGACGAGCAGAUAAAGCAGUUAGAAGACGCACUGAAGGAUGUGCAGAAGAGAAUGUAUGAGUCCGAAGGUAAAGUAAAACAAAUGCAGACACACUUUCUUGCCCUUAAAGAGCACCUGACAAGUGAAGCAGCCACAGGGAGCCACAGACUGAUGGAGGAGCUAAAGGACCAGCUGAAGGACAUGAAGUCGAAAUAUGAGGGCGCGUCAGCCGAAGUGGGAAAAUUGCGAAACCAAAUCAAACAAAAUGAGCUGUUAGUAGAACAGUUUAGGAGGGAUGAAGGCAAGCUGGUGGAAGAGAAUAAGCGAUUGCAGAAGGAACUGAGUACGUGUGAAAUGGAGCGAGACAAGAAAGGAAGGAGGGUCGCCGAGGUGGAAGGCCAGGUAAAAGAACUCUUAGCAAAGUUGGCCCUUUCGGUUCCGACAGAAAAAUUUGAGAGCAUGAAGAGCUUUUUAUCAAGCGAAGUAAAUGAGAAGGUGAAAAAAGUAGGAGAAACGGAAAGAGAGUAUGAAAAAUCACUUACUGAAAUCAGACAGUUAAAGAGAGAGCUUGAAAAUUGUAAGGCCAAACUGGCUCAGCACGUCAAGCCAGAGGAGCAUGAGCGGCUCAAAAGCAGACUGGAGCAGAGAGCAGGAGAAUUCUCAAAGAAGGUCACCGAACUCACGUCGAAAAAUCAGACAUUGCAGAGGGAUGUUGAAAAGGUUUAUCUGGAUAAUAAGCUCCUCAGCCAGCAAGUACAGAACUUAACAAGUGAAAUGAAAAAUCAUUAUGUUCCCCUACAAGUCAGUGAAGAAAUGAAAAAGUCACAUGAUGUCACCGUUGAUGAGCUGAAGAAACAGCUUUUAGAUGUAACACAAAAAUACGCAGACAAGAAGCUGGAAAUGGAGAAAUUGCUGAUGGAAAAUGACAGUUUAAGUAAGAAUGUUAGCCACCUGGAAACUGUGUUCGUGCCCCCCGAGAAACACCAGAAAGAGGUCACGGCUCUGAAAUCCAGUGUUGCUGACCUCAAACGACAGCUGUCUGAACUGAAUAAGAAGUGUGGCGAAGACCGAGAGAACAUAAAUGCACUCCUGUCUGAAAACACUAACUUGAAAAAGACCCUGAGUACCCAGUAUGUGCCGGCUAAAACCCACAAAGAGGUGAAAACCGAGUUGAAUGGUGCACUGGAUAAGGCGCACAGAGAAUUACUCGAUGUGAAGAAAAAAUUCGAAGAUCUCAAUCAGGAAUUUGUAAAAACAAAAGGUGAGAAUGAAAUCCUCAGAAGAAACCUGGAAAACACUCGGAGCCAAAUAAAAGCUGAGUACAUCAGCCUCCAAGAGCAUGAGGAGAAGAUGAGUGUCAUCAACCAGAGUAUGAAGAGGGUACAGGAUAACAGUGUGGAAAUACUGGCUAACUACAGAAAGGGGCAAGAGGAGAUUGUGACACUGCAUGCCGAAAUCGAAGCCCAGAAGAAGGAACUUGACACGAUACAGGAGUGCAUUAAGCUCAAAUAUGCUCCAAUCGUCAGCUUCGAAGAGUGUGAGAGAAAAUUUAAAGUAACAGAGAAAGAACUAAAAGAACAGUUAGCAGAGCAGACGCAAAGAUACCAUGUUAGGGAAGAAGAGGCCAAGAAGUACAAGCAAGAGAAUGACAAGUUGAAGAAGGAGAUUUGCACUCUUCAGAAGGAUUUAAAGGAUAAGAAUGUUCUUGUUGAGAACUCUCAUGACACGGAGAGAGCACUAAACAGGAAAACAGAAGAGCUAAACAAACAGUUGAAAGACCUGUUACAGAAAUACACGGAGGUGAAGACUGAGAAGGAAAAGCUGGUUGACGAAAAUGCCAGACAGACUUCUGAGCUUCGCGCAGCCCAGACCCUUCUGCAAAAGCAGCAUGUUCCAUUGGAACAGGUGGAGGCCCUGAAAAAAUCUCUUAACAGCACCAUUGAGCAUCUAAAGGAGGAACUGAAGAAUAAGCAGAGGUGUUAUGAGAAAGAGCAACAGACAGUGGCCAAACUGCAUCAGAUGUUGGAGAACCAAAAGAACUCUUUGGUGCCCCUGGCAGAGCAUUUGCGGAUUAAGGAAGCAUUCGAGAAGGAAUUGGGCAUCAUAAAGGCCAGCCUGAGGGAAAAGGAAGAAGAAAGCCAAAACAAAACCGAAGAGGUCUCCAAACUCCAGUCUGAGGUUCAGAACACUAAACAAGCAUUAAAAAAGCUGGAGACGAGAGAGGUGGUUGAUCUGUCUAAGUAUAAAGCAACAAAAAGUGAUUUGGAGACCCAGAUUUCCAACCUAAAUGAGAAAAUGGCCAAUCUGAAUAGAAAGUAUGAAGAAGCCUGUGAGGAGGUGCUGCAUGCCCAAAAGAAGCAACUUUCUGCCAAAGAUGAGAAGGAAUUACUACAUUUCAGCAUUGAGCAAGAAAUCAAGGAUCAGCAGGAGCGGUGUGAUAAGUCCUUAACAACAAUCACAGAGUUACAGAAAAGAAUCCAGGAAUCGGCCAAACAAAUUGAAGCAAAAGAUAAUAAGAUAACGGAACUGCUUAAUGACGUGGAAAGACUCAAGCAGGCACUCAGCGGCCUUUCACAGCUCACGUCCCCGAGCGGGAGUCCUGGCAAGAGGCAGAGCCAGCUGGUCGACACCCUGCAGCAGCAAGUGAAGUCCCUGCAGCAGCAGCUGGCUGAUGCUGACAGACAGCACCAAGAGGUGAUUGCAAUUUAUCGGACACAUCUUCUUAGUGCUGCACAGGGUCACAUGGACGAAGACGUGCAGGCGGCCUUACUCCAGAUCAUACAGAUGCGGCAGGGGCUUGUGUGCUAAAGGCAGUCCUGAUCAGCCGGGGAGUGCUUUAGCUGUGGUGCUCAGCAUUACCUGUGCAACCCCAUGGCCUUCCUGGGCCGCCUUGUGCUAGGAUAAUUGAAAUAAAAUAUAUUUUGUUUCAUCAGCAAGUUUUUUUUUUAA